GAACCAAAAGUGAUGGUCAUGUGAUUCUAGUCAGGACACAAUUAGCGAGCGCACUGUUUACCUUCCGCCGCCGACAGAGGUAGCAACACAGAGAUGCCCGACUCUCUCUGAAACAUGUACUCUCACGGCUCAGAGAGUUUAAUAAGGCAGGCGAGGGAGAUCCAGGAGUCUGAGCUGAACAAGUUUUACAGCAGACUCGUCAAGCUGCUCCAGGGGAAGGAGCUCGGUCAUGAGACUGUGGACUCCCUGCAGAGGCUGCACCUCAUCCUCUCUGCCACCAAGUACACCAGGACGUUGCCUCCGGAGCUUCAGAAGAGGCUGGUAUCCCUCCUGUCUUCACCUGUGGAGCAGCUUCAGGUGCUGAGCUCAGCUGUGCUCAGAGAGACACUGCCCCUAUCUGGCCAGGAACUCAACUACAACCAGGAGAACAUCAGUCAGCUGAACAGCCAUGCUGCUGCUCUGCUGCUCUCUCAGGCUGGAUCCAGGGCCGACUUGUCAUCACUCUGCGCUCAGCUCCUUCGCAGUCUUGAAAGCCGACAAUCGGAGGGUCCAGCUCACUGUCUCACACACACCCUGCCCAUCCUCAACACCGUCCUCACACACAGCCCCGAGUCCCUCACUGACGAUCACGUGACCCUCCUGAGUAAAAAGCUUGUCGAUUGGCUGCGUUAUGCCAGCAUCACUCAGGGAGGCGGUGCGUCCUCGGGAGGAUUUUUCACGGGACCACGGUCACGUCAGCCGGCGCCCAUAGCGGAGCUGGACGGGACAGUUUCGGGGGAUUUCUUCACCGUGUUGUGUGUGGGCCAGGGUUUCACCGACGACCAGUGGAUGAACGUCUAUUCCUUCUCUAUGCUUCGCCACUGGCUUCUCACCCACCACUCUGUCUCCAACGGCAACACCACAGCAGACACCGCGAACAGGCUGCAGCUCAGCCUCUCCCACUCCCACUCCUUUUCUUAUGACGACCGGUCGGAGGUGGACGGGUCGGUGGUUUCUAUGGUUUCAGCGACUUCCUCCUCCAGCCGCUUGCUGCCUCCGAAGGAGCGUCUGAGAGAGAAGGCCUUCCAGUACUGCCAGCGCCUCAUCGAGCAGAGCGAUCGCAAGGCUCACAAAAAGACAGAUACAGACCUGCAGAAAGCGUGUCUGGUGGAGGCGGUGUGUAUCCUGGACUGUGUGUGUGUGGAGGACACCUCGCUGGUCUUCCGAACGUUCCCGUGCAUCAAAGGGCUCUUUGGUCGGCUCAGCUCAGACCUGUCGUUUGCCAGAGUCCUGCUGCCCAUAGCACAAUUCUACCUCAACCACGGCGAGAUGGCCGCGGUGGAUUGUGAGAGCGUGUGGAACCUGGUGUUCGGCCGAUUCCCUGCCGAGCUCUUCAACAACCAAUUCCUGGCACAUGAGCUUCUACGCUUCUUUCGGCUGAACCUCGAGAGCCUGCAGCUCCGAGUCCCACAGUACACCCACUCCUUCCCAAACCUGCUGAAGUUGCUGGCGUGGGACAGCCCGGCGCUGGUGGAUGACUUUGUCGACCUGCUGCCCUCCCUGGUGACAACUGGAACUGCGGUGGAGCUCCUCCACACUCUGCUGGAUCUGCCCUGUCUCUCUGCCACACUGGUCCUACAGCUCAGGUCAGUGUGUUUGCCCAUCGCUGACCCAGGCGGGCGUGGCCUCCUGUCGCUUGAUGCAUUUCGGAACCCUUCUUUCAGAGGACUGUUCCUCUUCCUGCUUCGAACAGAAGCAGGCUCGGGUGACACAAUUGACAGACUGAGCACGCUCCAUGAGCUGCUAGCCGAGGCUGCUGAUUGGCCGAGAGUUGUUCAGUGUGCCCAGACUGUCCCUGUGCUGCUGCACAUUUUCUUCAACACAGUCAUCACGGUCGCUGAUGAGAAGCUUUUAGCCCACCUGGUCCUGGUGAUGCUGGAGAGAAGCAGCCUCCUCCUCAACAUACCUAAGUACCUCAGAGAGAUACACAGGGUGUUCAGCUGCCACCUGCUCAGGUUGUGCAAGCUCCACCCCUCCCUGGUGGUGGACCAGUCUCACGAGCUGCUGGAGUUUGCUGGGGCCACAGCCAACGUCUACAGCAAAGAGGAAAUCUACACGCACGUGGUGUGGGUGCUGGGAGAGUACCUGUCCAUGUCAUGUGACUCCCGCUGCUCUGUGAGCCUCAUCACUUCCUGUUUCGAGGCGCUGGAGGCGGUGCUGUUUGAGAUCACCUCAUCUGCCCCCGCACCUGGAGCUGUCUGCGCAGCCCCCAGAGUCAUCACCACUCUGAUGAGCGCUCUGGCUAAGCUGGCGUCACGAUCACAUGACCUCAUACCCAGGGUGUCUCUGUUCCUCUCCAAGCUGAGAACAGUCACCAGAAGCGGGUCAGUCGCCUGGUGCUCCGACGAAGAGGACCUCGUUGCCAUAGUAACACGGGGGGAGGAGCUGUGGUCGCUGCUGAAGGCCCCCGGUGUGGCCCAGAGCGUCCUGACCCCACCUCCACAUGUUACCACACCCCAGUGGCACCGAGACAUCAACGUGGCCAUGCCGCUGCGACUGCGGGCCCUGACCAACCUCACACACUCACAGUGACACACACACACACUUAGAAUGCAUCAGUAUAAAGAAAAACAAUCAAUCUUAAUGAGUCUUGUUUGAUUUUUUGCACCUUAUUUUUGUAAAUAAAUGACAUUAUUUGAUUGAAAGUUGA